GCGAAUAAUGGAAAAACGCUGGCACGUUUCCUUCGUACAGUAUGGCUCGCUUCGUUCCAGUCGUAUUUGGUGUGUCCACGUUUGUUCGGCAACUUGUCAGUAUAUCCAGAGGAACGACGUUCGAUAAAUAAUCGCCGGCAGCUAUGGAUGAGGAAUGGGAUGUAGACAAUAUCGAGGCGAAAUUUGACCUCGCGAUGAGAACGAACAAGUGGGAAGGCGAAGACGAAGAGGAGGAAGUUAAGGAUAGCUGGGAAGAUGUCGAAGAAGAGAAAAAAGAUGUAGAGAAACCAGCGGAAGUACCAAAAGCGAAGUCAAAACCUAGAAAGGCAUUGGCUGAAAGGAUUGAGGAACGUGAGAAAAAGGCAAAGGAAGAAGCUGAGAAGAAAGCUAAGGAGAAGGAGGAGGCUCUUACACCGGAAGAGAGGCGGGCUGAGAUGUUAAGGCGCCAAAGGUUGCAAGAAGAGGCAGACUUACGGCUGGCAAUGGAAACUUUCGGUGUGACAGAAGAGUCAGGCCAAUCAAUCGAUGCCAUGGUGCCCAGUACGAAAGAGGAAUUUGAUCUAUUUGGUGCAGCUCUUUCACAAAAAAUUAAUCAAUUUAGCAAACACGCAGAUUUUCCAUACUUUGCAGAAGAACUUAUAAAGUCCAUUGCUCUUAAUUUAUCCUCACAUUGUUUAAAGAAAGUGAAAACUACAGUUGACAAUUUGCUCAUUGAGAAGCAAAAAAUGGAGAAGUCCGACAAAACGAAGAAGAACAAGGGGAAAGGAAAGGCAAAGCUUAAAAUUGAGGGAGAUAAUAAUUUAUUAAGCGAAUAUGGUGAUUAUGUAUAUGGUGAAUUUGAUGAUUUUAUGUAGCGACUUUCUAUAUGUUCAUAUAUUCUAGUCGCCUAAAAUACAUGCAGAAGAAUAUUAAUUUGCAGAUUUAUACAGAGAUUUUAUAUUUGCAAAAUGUACAACGGUUUAACCUAUACUCCAUGAUAUCGUUUACGUAACGAGAUUAAGAAAAUAGGAAAGACAACUAGCAUGAUAAUAUCGAUAAACAUGCUUAGAGACACUUUUUAACAAUUAUACAAUAAUGUAGCACUCAGAAGUUUUCUGCAGUUUCUCAAAACAGUUGGAUAUUCAAUAAUUUACAUAUUGAGUUUCAUGGGAUUUUUGUCUGUCAUUAUUAAACUUUCAGUCUAAAGAUAUUAAAACUCCUCUUUCCUCGUCCCGUAGUCAUCUUGAUUGUUAUCAGAAGCAAGAAAAAAAAUAUGUAUAUACACAAAAUUCUUGCAAAACAAAUUUGUCAUUUUAUGUUUUGUAAGAAUUUUGUUUAUUAAUUUCUAUUAUUUAUUGCUCAAUUGUAAUUAAUUAAUUAAUUUGAACAAAUUUUAUGGUUGUCUGUUGAUUAUUAAAGCAUAAGAAUAUAGUUUUCGGAACAUUUUACAAAUCUAUUUCUGAUGUCAUAAUCUAAGAUUUCUAUGUGGAGGAACCAGGAGCUUUAAAAUUAAUGGCUAUUUUAAUAAAACGUAAGAACAUGGAAAAUAUGUUCUGAACGGGAGGAGAUGUUUGUAGGAUCCUACGAUUUAUCAAUAUAAUAUUGUAUUAACAUCGAGACUAGAAGAGGGUGAAGUAUUACAUUAUAUACUUUUGAUUUACAAUGGUAUUCCAAGCUGUUAAAAACCUUAUAUGUCUUUAUAUAAGCAUCAUUGCAGAUUAAAUCGUGUAAUUACAUUAUGGAAGUUUUAUAUAACACAGCUUAUAUACAUACACACAUACUUUUACUGAAAAUUGGUUACAAGUUGGUUUUGCAAAGAGUAUAUUCCUAAAUAAAGGUUGAUUAUAAAUUA